AUCUGGCUAACGAUAUGUUGUCACGCGCUAUCCUCCGAAAAUAUUGGAUAUGUGUUUCGCUCAACCGGAACACACCGAGUCACAGCUCACGAGUCACGAGCCGGACUCAAAUUACUUAAUGUAAAACAUAAUUUUUUUUCUUUCGAGGGGAGGACAUGCCACGUGUAAGGAUUGGUCGACACGUGGCGAAAUGGGCUUCUUCCGUGGAGUCGAGAAAGCGCGGCGGCUCGCGUCUCUCCCCGGGUAUUACAUAACGCUGCCACGUGUCCGACUGGGAUUUCAUCCUUCAGAUAAAUUCGGAAAUUACAAAUAUAAUGAAGUAAAUUAGAUGCUUGAAUCUACCAAACAGACCGACAUUCUGAUGUAUCUUUUCACUUUUUGUCAAUUGAUUUAUCUCGCAGUUUUUAUAUCAACAUAUCUCGUUUUCGUGGUAUUUAUAUUUUGUGGGCCGAAUCUGGUGUUCCAUCCAUCACUUGCAACUCAUUUAUACUGUUUUCAAAACAAACAAGUCGGAGAGUAGUUUUUUUUUAUAAUCUGGAAGUUCACCGAAACUUUCGCCCACUAUAUCUCCUAAAUGACUGGAGAAGUUCAUAUGAAUAUCCUUUUUCACAUUUGGGUUUGAAAUCCAGGAUAAAAACAUACUUUGCAUGUUCUUAUACCACUAGACCACCCAAAUUUGGGUGUCUGAGAUUAGUCUUGUAUUAACAUUUCCAAAAUAUUGCUAAUUAUUUCAUAAUCAUUAGAUUAUUUCUUAUAACAGUUUAAUGAGAUUUUACGGCUUCAAUAUCUGCCAUUGCAACGGAAAUCACGAGUUUUUUGGACGAGUAUACGCAAAUACACGUGUAUACAUUCACAUAUGAGUAUAUCAUACGUUUGCAUGUAUACAGAUAUUGUUUGGUAAAAUCAUGUAUAUACAUAUUAAUAGAAUAUUAUUAUCUAAUGGGUUUGAUGCGAGGACGCCGGUGAACAAUAACAGACCGAAGCGACUUGUCUCAGCCUACACAUCUCACAGGCUCGAAAAUUCUGAUUCUGACAACACGACAUUGGGAAAUUAUGGAUUUAUAUACACGCAUACGUACAACUAUAUAUAUAUAUAUAUAUUAUAUAUAGGGCUGUAUCUUUUUAUAGUUGCCUCGAUCACGGCAGAGAGAGGGUCGUAUGUUCUGUUAGAAACCUGCAACAGCUUCGACGUCACCCUAACUCUAUCCAGUUUUUCGAUUUCUUACAGGUUUUUCCCUAUAUAUCUCUGCAUUUUUUUUUGCCAUUUUAGUUAUCCGCUAUAGUCUUGCGUCCGUUGCGUUAACUUGUAAAGGUGACUGCUUUCAUUGGAAUCCGGGAAAAUCGAAGAAGAAAACGAGAGAAAAUCGUUUCAUUGCUCUCACCAGCAAAAAGGGUCUGAUGAUAUCGUGAUUUUGUAUGAAAAGCUUCUUUUUUUUUUCUAUAAUAGCUUCAUUAUUUGUAAUAUCGUAUGGAUCUAGGAUUAGGAUUGGGUAGAAAGGGUUUUGAUUUUGCUCUGAGAAACAAGAAAUGGAUUUUUCUGGCUGCAAGUGGUUAUGGUGCUUUUAGGGUUUAUCACUCCCCGACAGUUUCCAGAACAAGAAAGAGAAUUUCGAAGGUUUUGGAGAACCUGUUCAGUUUGGUAGAAGCUGCUUCUGAUUCUGCCGAAACGAUCAGGGUCAUAUCAAAGGAUCUGACAGACUUUUUAAGAUCAGAUUCCGACCAAAUCCCCAACAGCUUGAAGCAGAUCUCCAAAAUCGCCAAAUCAGACGAAGUCAAUUCGUCCCUUAUCAGAUUCACACAAACUAUGACCGUCAGAUUACUUCGUGGGUAUCCAUCGGAUUCCAAAAAUGACGAUGCCGGGUCGGGGUUUACGGACUGGGUCAAGGAUAAGCUCUUAUCCAAAACCGGGUCGGGUUUUGCCUCUGCGGUAGUCGGCAGUUUCGCGAGGAACAUGGUCGUAGCGUUUUUCUCCGACGAAUUUUCCGGCGAAUCUUCUGUUUCAAAGUCAAAAUGGGUCAACGCGAUUUGCUCAGAUGAUGGCAGAAAACUGAUAGGCGACUGCGUCCAACUGUUCGUCAGCACAGCAGUCGGUUAUCUCGACAGAACAAUGCACGUAAAUGUCUUCAACGAUCUCUUCGUCGGAAUGACGAAUCCAAAACACGACCAGAGAGUUAAAGACGCUUUGGUUUCGGUCUGUAAUGGCGCGGUCGAGACGUACGUAAGAACGUCAUGGCAAAUUCCCGAACACUCUGACUCAAACAGAAGGUUACCUUAUCGCAAAGGCAAAGUGAAAAACGAGUUUGAUUUCUCGACUACAGUUGGAUCGAGAUCAUCACGGCGCGGUCCAAGUACAUGGACUAGCUGGGUUUCAUUUUCAUCUUCAUUAUCUAUACCGACUAACCGGAAAUUGGUGAUCGAUUUAACCGGGAGGGUCACAUUCGAGAUGGUUAGAUCGUUGUUGGAACUUCUAUUCGAUAAAUUCAACAAUCGUAUGGCGAGUUGCGUAGAAUCGGUGAUAGAGACAGGGACUGAAGCCAGAAGGCAUGUGAAGGUGAGAUGCUCUGUUCUUUGUGGCUUAUGUCUUUCUCUGUGUUUGCAGAUCGUGUGUUUGCAGAUCGUUGAAGCUCCACUGCUUCUAACGCCUAAUCAAUGAGAAAAAUAACAGAAUUGAACUC